UAUAAAAAGAAAAAGAAAAAGCCGAGUCUUCUUCGUGGCAAACCUUUGCGUCUGGCAACACUCUACCGAGUCUCCACUCUGCUUGCUUUGCUUCAUCUCUUAGGGCUAGCCACAGAAAGAAAGCGCAAGUCUUUGAACCCUCACCUCUUCGAUUCUUCUUUGAUAAUUAGUUUUUCUCUUCUUCUUCUUCUCUCCCCUCUGUCUAGUCGCUUCUUUGUACGGAUUAUCUCAACUGGGAACGAUUCGGUUCAAAUCUACUUGGGAAGUAUGAGUUCCUCCACUACUACUGGUGUCACUGUGAUCUGGGACUUUCAGUAUGCUUGGAUCCCCGAGGGUUACGAUCUCCGCACCCUUAAGACGAGCAUCGAAACCGCCCUGAAAAGAUGCAAUCCAGAUUUCUUCAUCGAAGGGAAACUGCGUGCUGUUGGACAUGCUUCCGGAGAUAAACAUCAAGCCAUUACAAUGCUCCCUGAUGACAUCAAAUUCUCCCCCGUCCGACCCGAUAACAUUCGUACUCCAGACCCUGAAGAUCAAACUGCUUUGGAACUGGUUAUGAAGCUCACCAUGAAAGUACUUGCCAAAGCGACUAACAUUUUGGUCAUUUCUGGAAACUAUGAUCUGAUGGGUGCGAUUAAUGGAUGGAGACAAAGGAAUAUCUUUAUGAUGUUGGCCCUUCCUGAAAGCUCCUCCUCCUCACCAAGCAUCUACCAUUGUGCCAACUUGACUUGGCUUUGGGCUUCGGAAGAUCCUGAGAGUGCUGCUGCUACCAUGGUUAAUGGAGGUGGACCCAUCCUUCCUGCCCCCGUGUAAGAGGAUGAGCUUAUCAGUAUGGUGGUAGAUAAAAUAACAUGAACUCUUAGUAAUAUCAUCUGUUUUAGUCUCAGACUCUCUCUUAUGCUGCGCUGUUUUAGUCUUAGACUCUCUCUUUAGCUGCGUUAUGUGAGUAUGUAUGAUCAUCUUAACUAAUAUGACUUUUGAGUAAUAUUGUAGUACUCCUUUUUAA